AUGUCCGUUUUCGGUCGCGACUGGCACCGUGUUCCGUCCGCCGCGGCCGAGAUUUCAGCACCAGCGGAGCUGGACAGCGCCUGCGCGGACGCCGACGGCGACCCACAAACUCCCCGAAACGCGCACGGAGACUCGCCUCAUCCGUCUCUCCCGUCUCAUCCGCUCCUUCAUACGGGUCCCGGCGGGCUCGGUUCGGUCCUGGAGGAAGAACUGGCCAUGCUAACACGGGAACGAGACGAGGAGCUGACCAAAAACGAGCAGGACGCGGAUCUCUUAGUGCUCCUCCAGCAGAAGGAAAAGGACCUGGUGCUGGCUGCUAAACUCGGCAAGGCGCUGUUAGAGAGAAACCAGGAGCUCACCAGGCAAUACGAAAAAAUGACCAAGGACCUACACGAGAAACUUGAGCACCUGGAGCAGGAGAAGCAUGAACUGCAACAGCGUUUAGAGAGACGAGAAGGUGAGUGGGAGGGACGCGUGGCUGAGCUGGAGACAGAUUUGCAGCAGCUUAAAACUGAGCUGGAGAGGCACCAGGUACAACUGCGGGAAUCAGAUCGGGACAAGAGCCGUGCCAUCAACGAGCUGUCUGAACAAAACCACCGUCUGCUCGAGCAACUCAAUAGAGCUGCUAAAGUAGAGAGACAACUGUCCACUCAGGUCAACUCAUUGCGGGAUGAUUUUCGAGAGAAAAACGUGUCUUCUAAUCAGCACAUGACACGACUAGAAAGUCUCCAAGCAGAGCAAGGACUUGAAAUAAAGAUUCUGUCAGAGCAGAAGUUGGAACUUGAGCAGCAGGUGACUACCAUCCUUAAGGAAAACGACCAGUUAUUGAACACAGUGGACACCUUUAAAGAACAGACACUCGUACUGGAGAAGAUGUGCCAUGAAAAAGACCUACAGCUUCAGCAAAGUCAGCUGGAGCUUCAGGAAGUGCGUGUUUCCAAUCGACAGUUAAGUUCGCGUUUAGAGGAGCUGACCGAUGAGAGAAACCUGGAGGGCUUCAGCACUAACAGUCACUCGCUGUUGUGUGAGAUAGAGCAGAGCAUGGAGCAGGAGGAACUCGAGCAGGAGCGAGAGCAGUUGCGUCUGCAGCUGUGGGAAGCCUACUGCCAGGUUCGCUCCAUGUGUUCCCUGCUGAGAGGAAAUGACAUCACAGAUUCUGCCUUGUCCAUGGAUUCGUCAAUGGACGAGUCUUCGGAAACGCUGUCUGCUAAAGACGUUCCCACAGCCAGCUUGCAGUCCAGUUUAAUCGAGCUGCGCAGACUCACACAAAACCUGCUGGACGGCACAGAGUCUACGGGAUCACGGCGCAGUGAUGAAGACUUGUUGGAAGAGCAGGUACGAAAACUAGGAGAGGAACUGAGAGAAGUGCGAGAGCUUUACGGGCUGGAACAGGAUAAACUACAGAGUACUCAAGAAGAGGUGCUGCAACUUCAUAAUCAGGUUGCGCUGCUGUCAUUUGAAACUUGCUCGUCCAAGGAGGAGAAUGAAAAAUUAAGAGCCCUGUCAGAGGUUCAGGAACCCAGCGAACAACUGCAAAGCGCAAUCCGAGACAGGGAUGAGGCCAUUGCCAAGAAAAAAGCAGUGGAGAUGGAGCUAGCAAAGUGUAAGAUAGACAUCAUGUCUCUGAACAGCCAGCUUUUAGAUGCUAUCCAGCAGAAGCUUAACUUGUCCCAGCAGCUGGAAGCCUGGCAGGAUGACAUGCUGAGAGUGAUAAAUCAGCAGUUGAUGGAAAAGCACCAGGAGGAAUGGAGAGAUCCUCCAUACUCUUUCUCAGGGGCCAACAUGGGUACCCAUGGCUCCCCAGGAGCCUCUUCCAGUCGAGUAUCGCGCCACUCUGAUGGUGACAAGCGCCUCUUCUCAUUUUUCAAGAAGAACUGAGUCUGUCUAAAGUGAGAGGGGGAACACAAAGGGUGAGGAAGAGAUACAGAAAGUGAAAUGAAUAAGAAUUAAUAGAAAGCAAUGACGACAAAGCUAACGAUCAACCUCGCCAAAGACUGUGUGAAGUAAUGUGAAUGAUCAGAAUGUUAA